AGAAGGGCGAGAGCCGAGAGGUGGUUCCUGGCAAUGACGCCCUGGUGACUAGUUCAGCUGUUCUCCCGUGCAGCGAGGUUCAGGGGUAGCCAAGCGGAAAACCUCCUCUGAUCACAAGGCAUCUAGGAGAAAAGCCUGGCCACGCUGGGGGCAGAGAUGAUCCUGCGCGCUGCAGCUAAGAAUUGACAGUAACCCCCUCACCCCAUACACACUCUCAUCACAGGGCAAACACUUUCCCAUGCACGUUGACCUGCAGCGUGCAAGCAAGCUUAGCCUGCAGCCAAGAGUUCUCCCGCAGUACUAAAGUUCAGUCCGCUUAGAGCCAUGGGGAAUGGGAUGAACAAGAUUCUGCCUGGCUUGUUCCUUGGCAACUUUAAAGAUGCUCGAGAUGCGGAGCAACUGAGCAAGAAUAAUGUUACACACAUUCUGUCAAUCCAUGAUGGUGCUAGGCCUAUGCUUGAGGGAGUGAAAUAUCUGUGCAUUCCUGCUGCCGAUUCACCCUCGCAGAAUUUGACAAGACAUUUCAAAGAGAGCAUCAAGUUUAUCCAUGAGUGCCGGCUUAGAGGUGAGAGCUGUCUUGUUCACUGUCUUGCUGGAGUCUCUAGGAGCGUAACUUUGGUAGUCGCUUACGUCAUGACAAUCACAGACUUUGGUUGGGAAGAUGCAUUGUCUAUUGUAAGAGCAUCGAGAUCCUGUGCCAAUCCUAAUAUGGGCUUCCAGAGGCAGCUACAGGAGUUUGAAAAACAUGAUGUUGACCAUUUCAGGCAGUGGCUGAAGGAAGAAUAUGGAGAAAAUUCUUUGCAGGAUGAGCAAGAAGCCAAAGUUCUUCUGAGUAAAUAUAAAGAGCAGGCAGUGACGCAACCAAGUCCUGGUGGGAGACAGUGGAAUAAUAACUUUUCCUCACUGCCUUCCCUGUCAUACAACAACUACACAACAGAGACCUAAUCACUCCAGGCUGGAUUCACUUUCUUUUUUCCUUUGACCUGUUUAAAAACAGAUGUCACCAGUUUCCCCUCCACUCUCUACAGAAGUCAUGCGAGCUGUACCCUUGUGGAAAACGUGAUGAAAAUACUAUACAGCGUGUGUGUGUGUGAGACACAAUUUUACAGUUUUAUGUAACAUCACUCUCUGUAAGCUUCCCUGCAGAGAGGCACCCUUUAUGUCAGGUUCUCACUGCCCUCAAACUCCAUCCCCUUCGUAAUAUGUGCCUCUCUAAAAGACACUCGUAUGCGCAUGAUAACAUUGUCUCCAAAGAAUGAGCUUCCAAAGUGUGUGAGUACUUAUGCAUUUUUUGCUUGUGCUGCGGGUUGCCGUUCGAACUUAGCUACCUCAAAAAUGCUGUUCUUGUCACUGAGGUUGUAAAUGCAACUUUGAAAAUUGCCUCGUAUAAUCUCAAUUUUACACUUGAUGAAUGCAAAGUGUGUGUGUCAUAAAAAAAAUUUGAGAGGUUUCUGGUUUUCAUUUAAAUUAUUCAUAGUUGUCACUGGUUUGAAUUAAAAAUUAAGAUGUGUGAAUUCCAUCUAUUUUGCCAAUUUAAAACCAGUGGUCAAGUUUGUCAGAGUGCACAUGUAAACUAAAUUUUAAACCAAAGUAAAAAACUAGAGGCCAGAUUCUGCUUCUGGUUAUCCUGGUAUAAAUCUGGAAUAGCUCAGUUGUAGUUAUUCUGGAUUUACAACAGUGUAACUCCAAGCAAAUUACUGAAGUUGUUCCAGUUUUACACUGGUGUUAUGGUGAGGAGAAUCCUUACUUUUAGUCUUUGAUUCAGAGUAUGUAGGGGUAUUGCUUAAAGAUUCCAGAACAGAAAAGGAUGCUCUCCCAACCUGCAAGGACAUUUCAAGUGUAUACUGUGGAUGACUUGGACAUUCAGUAAGAGAGAGAUUCAGCACACUGUACUUAACCAGAAUUUUUUUUAUUUCAUGUCCUAUGACACCCUAACUUACAAACAUUUAACGUGGUCCCCUUGAUGCUUGCUGCCAAUGUCUUCACACAAUGAUGAACUCUGGGAUGGACUGGAGACGGACUGUAGGGGUAAAGUAAGCCCCAAAAUAUUUUUGACAUCUUAUCCAUUUUAAUGGAAUGGAAAGUAUGGAUAUUAAAAAUCCAUUAACGCAAAAAUUAGGAUUUACAUUACUACUAUAUUCCAUCUCAGUCUGCACCAGAACUUUAUGUUGUGGGCCUUAUCGCACCACACAGUGCUAGUAUAUUACAUAUGGUCAGAACAAAUUGUUACUCUGUUGGUGGCAGGUGUUGGGAUAUUGUAGACGUGGAAAAGUCUUAACUUUUGUUUCUAACCUAAUAGCUUGCUGAAUACCAUGUGUGCAUGUUACUUAAUCUUUGCAGACCACCAUCGUUCAUAGAUAACACUUGGCUAGCAGGCAAACAGGAGACUAUAUGAAUUUCAAUAGGAGACAGGUUUAGUAAUUGCCCAAGACAAUACUACCUUCUAUGCAUCCAACUGAUGGAAGCUUCCAUUCACGGUCACUAAUUUUUGUAGACUGCAGACUUUCCUCUUUGUAAAAGAGUCUUACACACAAGAUUGAGAAUGAUGAACUCAAACCUGUAUUCACAAUAAGAUAUGUAUAGCAUUUUUGGCACAUGUACCAAAAAAAGACACAGUUGUCAAAAGUAUUCCAAGUAUUUACAGCAGAAGUAAGUCUGUGUGUGUGUGUGUACACAACAUACAGUUGUAUAUACCAAUGUUAACUGCAUAUGACACAUGUUCCAGAAUGUGGUGUUGCAUUUCUUUUUCCACAGCAACACUGUGGGUGCUGAAAAAUUUAAAGUUCCUUUAUGCUGAGAACAGUUGGAGACAUCUGCUAAUGUGUUGUGUUCAGGUUUGUUCUUUGCUUUUUUGUUUUAAUUGGCUGGUUGACUUCCAAAGUGUCAACCUCUGAAACAACAUUUGAUGCCUGCAUAGUUGACAUGUCUCAAUAGCCAUAAAGCCCACACACUUGUGAAGCUGCAACUGGAAAGCAGACUCAAGAGUAAAGUAAGAAGAUCCAUAGGUGGGAACUGGAGUGUUUGUUCCCAGCACACACACUUUCUCUUUAAUGGACCAGAGGAAGGUAUCUGCAUAGAUACUUUUAGCUGGGGUAGAGUAGAUCUUCAUCUCCCUGAUCUUCAAUGGUUGUGUAUUACCCUCCUAAACCUAGGCCACAAUUGCACCAUCCUCUCCUUCAAGAGAGUAGAACAGAAUUAAGGGAGAGAGAGGGCAACAGCAGCAUAGGGAAGCCUGGGCUGCCCUGUCCAUGUGGGGAGUGGGACAGUAGGAUCCCCUGCAUUAGUAAGUUAUCAAGGCACAGAAGGGAUGGCAGUCGCACCUAAACCUUCCUCCGCUCCUUUAAGAAAGGAGCGAAACAGACAUUGUCCAGAAACAUAACACAAUCUCUUCUCUUACCAGCCUUCCAGUGACAGCUUAAAGGGCUAAUUGACUAUGUGGAUAUAUAAUUAUCCACCAGAGGACAGUCAACAUUCAGGUGAUUGACUUUAGCAGUGUAGACUGUGUCCAGUUUUUUCACAUACUUUCUGUAUUUGUAUUUCUAAGCCUCUCUGCUUUAUUUUGCCUUCCACUAUCAAAUGCAUGAAACUUUUUAACAACUUAUUGAGCAUCCUGAUUUACACGGAUAACGUACUAUUUUGUAAACUUAAUAUUUUUUUGUGACUGCAAGCAAACAUUUUAGCAUGAUUCUACAGGUUACUUCAUAAGUAUUUUACCCUGAUUUUAACCUGGAAACAGUUGUUGCUUUGAUUAUUUUUCUGGGGUGAUUGGAAAACUAUUAUGGCAAAUUCUAACUUUAAAAAAAACAAAACAAAAUGUUUAUAAUGGUCACUGUAUAUUACUACGUCAGUGAAAGAUUACAGUAAAUACUUCAGCCAGUUAGGAACUAUAAGCCCAGUAAGCUUGGUUCUCUGUCUUCCUUUUGGCAUUCUAAUAAAGCCUCAUCUUUGGUUGCUUUUCUCGAUGGUUUGUAUUUAAUAAGUUCUACAAUUUUCUGUAAAUAAAAGUAAAUGUUAAUAGCC